CAGCGCGUCCUCUAUCAAGCCCAUCACGGGUAUGCUCCGGCGAAACCUCAUUCUGGACCUCGGAAUUGGUCUAGGUGUUGGCUUCGGCAUGGCUAAUGCGUUCUGGUACGGCUUCCACAUGCGCCGCACAAACGCUCGAGACAACUACUACGCCAAGCUAGAGCAGGAGAAGGCAGAGCAGCGUGCCGUCCAGGCGUAA